AUGGAUGAUGCAUUUAAUAAUCUCAAAAAACAAAACCAAAAUACCGUCGACAACCUCAUAGCGUGGAUGAAGGAUAGCAAAAUCAUAGAUGGUGUAAAGGUGACAGAGGAGAAUGCACGUAAACUAUUUUCCGAUGUGGCCGACGCGAAAAAUGUUGAAAUUGCCAAAUUUAGAGAAGCGAUUGGAAAAUUAGCUUUGGAACAGAAAAAAACUAUGGAGGAGUUCGCCAACACUCUAGCGGCGGAGGGUCCUAAGUUUUUGAACGCAGUGGUUGCUGCAGUGUCAACGUUGAAGGAGAAUUUGCAGAAGAAA